CUUGGGCGGGAGGUUACGGCCAUGGCCGGGCGCAGCGACCCCAGCGCCCCUGCAGCUCUCUGGAAACGCCACAUCGUGCGGCAGCUGCGGCAUCGGGACCGCACGCAAAAGGCACUCUUCCUGGAGCUGGUGCCGGCCUAUAAUCAUCUCCUAGAGAAAGCCGAGCUAUUAGCCAACUUCUCAGAGAAGCUGCAGCCACAACCAAAUGACGUCACCCCUAGUACCCAUCAGGGCUCCUGGGAGGUUGGCGGGGAGGAGGAGUCAAGCCCUGACUCAGACCAAGUCUCAUCACUAGCCGCUCUGAGGCUGAAGUGGCAGGAGGAAGAAGAGGGUCUCCAGCUGGUCUGUGGUGAGAUGGCCUACCAGGUGGUGCAGAAGAGUGCAGCGCUAGGCACCAUGCAGUCAGAGCUGGAGGAGCGGCAGGGCAGGCUGGCGGCUCUGGAGGCCCGCGUGGAGCUGCUGCAGGAGGCUCGGGCGCAACACGCCCUGAAGGUGGAGGAUCAACGUGCCCAGAACGCAGCGCUGCGAUCGGCCUACGAGGCCCUGCGUGCGCACUCGGAGCAACAGGAGGCGGCACUGCGCAGGCUCCAGGAGGAGGCGCGCGACCUACUGGAGAGGCUUGUGCAGCGCAAGGCGCGUGCGGCAGCUGAGCGCAACCUGCGCAACGAACGCCGGGAGCGAGCCCACCAGGCACGGGUGUCCCAGGAGCUGAAGAAGGCUGCCAAGAGGACUGUGAGCAUCAGCAAGAGCCCAGACACCUCUAGAGAUGGAAUCAGACAGGAGACUGAGACUCAGGCAGUUGAGCCUGAGUCCCUGGAGAGGGAGGCUUGUGAAAAAUGGAAGAGGCCCUUCAGGUCUGCCUCGGCCACCUCCCUGACACUGUCCCGCUGUGUGGAUGUGGUGAAGGGGCUGCUGGACUUCAAGAAGAGGAGAGGUCACUCAGUUGGAGGGGCCCCUGAGCAGCUAUACCAAAGCAUACCUGUGUGUGUAGCUGCCCGACUUCCUACCCAGGUUCAGGAUGUCCUGGAUGCCCACCUCUCUGAGAUCAAUGCUGUUCAGUUUGGCCCCAACAGCAGCCUCCUGGCCACUGGCGGGGAUGACCGUCUUAUCCACCUCUGGAAUGUUGUGGGAGGUCGCCUAGAGGCCAAACAGACACUUGAAGGAGCUGGUGGCAGCAUCACCAGUGUGGACUUUGACCCCUCAGGCUCCCAGGUUUUGGCAGCUACUUACAACCAGGCGGCUCAGCUCUGGAAGGUGGGAGAGGCACAGUCCAAGGAGACACUAUCUGGACACAAGGACAAGGUGACAGCUGCAAAAUUCAAGCUCACGAAGCACCAGGCGGUGACUGGGAGCCGAGACCGAACAGUGAAGGAGUGGGACCUCGGCCGUGCCUACUGUUCAAGAACAAUCAAUGUCAUUUCCUAUUGUAAUGACGUGGUAUGCGGGGACCACAUCAUCAUUAGUGGUCACAAUGACCAGAAGAUCCGGUUCUGGGACAGCAGGUUACCCAGCUGUACCCAGGUCAUCCCUGUGCAGGGCCGGGUUACUUCCCUGAGCCUCAGCCAUGACCAAAUGCACCUGCUUAGCUGUUCCCGAGACGAUACACUCAAGGUGAUCGACCUGCGUGUUAGCAAUAUCCGACAGGUGUUCAGAGCUGAUGGCUUCAAAUGCGGUUCUGACUGGACCAAAGCCGUGUUCAGCCCUGACAGAAGCUAUGCACUGGCAGGCUCCUGGGACGGCGCCCUCUACAUCUGGAAUGUUGACACAGGGAAACUGGAGAGCAGCCUUCGGGGGCCCCACUGUGCUGCUGUGAAUGCUGUGGCCUGGUGCUACUCUGGGAGCCACGUUGUGAGCGUGGACCAGGCCAGGAAGAUUGUGCUCUGGCGCUAGGGCCACGACUUUCCGCCUGAACUAGAGCUCUGGUACAAAGCCUGAAGAAGACCUGGAACAAUUUCCCUCUGCUCCACAGGGAUCCAGGACCUGGGGAUGGGGAAGGGGGAGGGGAUGCUUCCAGAUUUAAUGAAAGAAGGCCUGGCAGGUCCUGGCCUGUUUGGUUAAAAUCCAAAUGUAUCUCCUCACUUCCUCUCCCCAAAGUGGAAAAAGA